AUGUUGCCCUUUCGAUGGGGCCUGCUGCUUGGCAUGGUGCUGCUCAUAGCAUACACAAAUGGAGCGGCCAUAGUAAGUGAUCAAUCAUCUAUGGAUGAUGAUGCCGAGCUGACUCCCCUGACUGAAUUAGAGCGAACCAAAAGAAGCGGCAGAGGCUAUGUCCGUGGACAAACACAGUCUCAGUACUUAAACUUUGGCAAGCCCGAACAGGAUGGCAAGGCUGAGGCGGAGGCUAAUGAGAGUGGUUCGCGUUCAACUGUUUCUGGUAGCCAUGGCAUGGGACAAGCCCAGAGUCAAUUCUCCGGUGGAGAUUGUAGUGGAUGCUCCGGAUAUCAUGCGGAAUACCCAGGUUCUGGUGGCGCAGCUUUGUAUCCAAGUGGUCCCAGCGUCGAUGGUGCCGCUUCUCUUGUUCCAGAUCGCAUCGGCAGACCUGAUGCUAUAAUUAGUCUACCAGGCUCUGGCGGAGCUGGUGCUACGGCUGGAGGACAGCCAGGAUCUGUUGCUGGUCAGCCUGGCUAUGGAACACAGCCAGGAGGAUAUAAUCAGUUUGGCAUUGGUGGCGGUCAGCCGGGUUACGGAAUAGAUGGGCAACCUGGAUCUGGAACGGGACGGCCAGGUGCUCAGCCUGGAGCUACCGGACAGCCCGGUAUUCAACCUGGAGCAGGAGGCCAACCUGGCGCUCAACCUGGAAUAGGAGGCACUCAACCCGGCUAUGGAGGUGACGGCCAGCCCGCAAUCGCAGGACGUGGUCACCCUGGGUCUCGUGGUUCGCAGCCCGGAUAUGGAAUUGGAGGGCAACCCGGAUCUGGUAUUGGUAAGCCCACCGAUGGAGUCAGAAGACAACCUGGUGUUCAGUCUGAAUCCGAUGGCAUUCAGCCUGGUUAUGGAACCGGAGCACAGCCUGGAAGCGGCGGUAGCCAGCCUGGCUACGGAACUCAAACUGGAUCAAGAGGACAGCCAGGAAUAGGUCAGCUUGGCUAUGGAACCCAACCAGGAAUAGGUGGAGAUGGGGCAGGAGGACAACCCGGAUCUGACGCUAGUCAGGCCGGCUAUGGUACCCAAUCAGGAACUAGUGGACAGCCGGGAAUCGGUGGCAUUCAACCUGGAUACGGUACUCAGCCUGGACUGCCUGGCAUUGGCGGUGGUCAGCCUGGAUACGGUACUCAGCCUGGAGUAGGAGUCCAGCCUGGAAUUGGUGGCGGGCAGCCUGGAACUAGCAGUGGUCAACCAGGUUAUGGAACUCAACCUGGAGCAGGGGGACAUCCUGGAAUCGGAGGUGUUCAGCCAGGAUACGGCACUCAACCUGGAGUAGGAACUUACCCUGGACUAGUCGGUGGACAGAUUGGAACUGGCGGCGGUCAACCUGGGUACGGUGUGCAGCCUGGAGUAGGAGGCCAGCCAGGAAUCGGAGGUGGUCAGCCUGGAUACGGACCCCAACCUGGAGCAGGAGGACAGCCAGGAAUUGGAGGUGGUCUGCCUGUAUACGGGCCUCAACCUGGGGCAGGAGGACAGCCAGGGAUCGGAGGUGGUCAGCCUGGAUACGGACCACAACCUGGAGCAGGAGGACAGCCAGGUAUCGGAGGUGGUCAGCCUGGAUACGGAACUCAGCCUGGAACAGGAGGACAGCCAGGGAUCGGAGGUGGUCAGCCUGGAUACGGACCCCAACCUGGAGCAGGAGGACAGCCAGGUAUCGGAGGUGGUCAGCCUGGAUACGGAACUCAGCCUGGAACAGGAGGACAGCCAGGGAUCGGAGGUGGUCAGCCUGGAUACGGGCCUCAACCUGGAGCAGGAGGACAGCCAGGGAUCGGAGGUGGUCAGCCUGGAUACGGACCCCAACCUGGAGCUGGAGGACAGCCAGGAAUCGGAGGUGGUCAGCCUGGAUACGGAACUCAGCCUGGAGCAGGAAGACAGCCUAGCGGUGGUCAGCCUGGGUACGGUACUCAGCCUGGAGCUGGAUCACAACCUGGAAUAGGGGGGGGACAGCCUGGUUACAGUACUCAGCCUGGAGCUGGGUCACAACAGCCUGGCUUUGGCGGUAUUCAGCCUGCAUACGGUACUCAGCCUGGAAUUGGCAUAGGGCAGCCUGGAAUUAGCGUUGGUCAGCCUGGCUAUGGUGCCCAACCUGGAGCAGGGGGACAGCCAGGAAUCGGAGGUGGUCAACCUGGAUACGGGCCCCAGCCUGGAGCAGGAGGACGGCCAGGGAUCGGAGGUGUUCAGCCUGGAUACGGGCCUCAGCCUGGAGCAGGAGGACAGCCAGGAAUCGGAGGUGGUCAGCCUGGAUACGGAACUCAACUUGUACCAGGAAGACAGCCUGGAAUUGGCGGGGAUCAGCUUGGAUAUGGAUCUUUGCCAGGAGCACGGCAAUCAGGAAUUGCAGGUGGUCAGCCUGGAUACGGAUCUCAGCCAACAAUCGGCAGUGGUCAAUCUGGAUAUGGAACUCAGCCUGGUGUUGGAGGACAAACCGGAACUAGCGGACAGCCUGGCUACGGUGAACAACUGGGAGUUGGACAGCCUGGAAUUGGCGGUGGAUACGGAACGCAACCUGGUGCAGGAGGACAGCCCGGUAUUGCAGAUAGCCAGUCCCGCUAUGUAGCCCAACCAGGAAUUAGAGGACAACCUGGAACUGGCGGUGUAUAUGGAACACAACCUGGUGCAGGAGGACAAGCAGCUAUUGGAGGUAUUCAGCCUGGCUUUGGUAUCCAACCAGAAGUUGGGGGUGAUCUACCUAGAUACGGGAGUCAACCUGGAGCAGGUAGUCAACUAGGAGUUGGUGGUAGUCAGCCUGGUUACGGAACUCAAUCAGGAGCAGUGGUACCGCCUGGAACGGGCGGUAGACAACCUGGAUAUGGUAGCCAAUCAGGAGUUGGAGGGCAACCUGUAAUUGGCGGUGGUCAGCCUGCAUACGGAACACAGCCUGGAAUAGGCGGUGGAUACGGAACACAACCUGGUGCAGGAGGACAGCCCGGUAUUGGAGGUAGUCUGCCGGGCUAUGGUACGCAAUCAGGACUUGCGGGACAGCCUGGAAUUGCCGGGGGAUACGGAACUCAGCCGGGAGCAGGAGGACAGCCCGGUAUUGGAGGUAGUCAGCCGGGCUAUGGUACGCAACCAGGAGUUGGGGGGCAGCCUGGAAUUGCCGGUGGAUACGGAACGCAACCUGGUGCAGGAGGACAGCCCGGUGUUGGAGGUAGUCAGCCGGGCUAUGGAGUUGGGGGGCAGCCUGGAAUUGCCCGUGGAUACGGAACUCAGCCGGGAGCAGGAGGACAGCCCGGUAUUGGAGGUAGUCAGCCGGGCUAUGGUACGCAACCAGGAGUUGGGGGGCAGCCUGGAAUUGCCGCUGGAUACGGAACGCAACCUGGUGCAGGAGGACAACCCGGUAUUGGUGGUAGUCAGCCGAACUAUGGUACGCAACCAGGAAUUGGGGGACAGCCUGGUAUUGCCGGUGUAUACGGAACUCAGCCGGGAGCAGGAGGACAGACAGGUGGUCAGCUUGGUUAUGGAACCCAGCCUGGAACUGCUGGAACGCAAAUUAGCUACGGAACUCAGCCAGCUAUAAGCGGACAGCCUGGAAUAAGCGGAGGUCAGAUUGGAAUUGGCAGUCAAAAUGGUGGUCUGCCAGGAACAGUUAGUACUCCGUCUGGAGUUGGUGGUGGACAAUUCGGCUACGGAACUCAACCUGGUAUUGGAGGACCAUCUGGAGUUGGUGGAGGCCAAAUUGGUGCUCCUGGACGGUAUACAGAUGCCGGAACUGGCUUAGGAGCAGUCAUUGUACCUGGGGCUGCUGGCACUGGCGGUGUUGACGAUGCCUUCUCGCAAGCUGAGUCCGCUAUUGGCGACGGCCAAGCAUCGGCUAGCGCCCAGGGCAAGAAGAAUGGAGGUACUGCUAAGACGCAAGUGUCUGGCGCCUACAGCAAGGGCAGCUCGUUCAGCGCCAGCGCAAUGACCUCUGACGCAGAUCGUACUGCGAGCGCACAAGUGACUGGCAAUGAAGAUGGUGCAAUGAGUCAGUCUCAGGGCUCUGGCGGUCCUUCUCAAUCCCAAGCUCAAGUCCAACUUAAUGGUAAGGAUGGCGGCACUAAGGCCUCCUCACAGAGCGGCGGUAUCAUACACCAGAGCCAGAGCGAAGUGCAGGCCAAUGAUAAAGGCGGCCUGGCUGAUGCACAAUCCAGCGGACCAGGUCAGACUUCAUCGCAAGCACAAAUCGGCUUCCGUCCUGGUCAGGAUACUAGCUCAUCAGCUGCAUCAGGCGGUGGGCAAGCGUCGGCACAGUCGGGCAGUCACUCAGGCCAGAGUCAGUCCCAGAUACACGGCACAUCCAGCUUUGGCGUCUCGUAUCAUGGUGCCGCACAAUCUGCAUCGGGAACGAAGGAACAAGUGGCCACGUAUCGCGAACAGAACAGGGAGCUAUUCAAUACAAUUAGUCAGUUCGGCAACACUGGAAACGCUGUUACCGAUCGGGUGGACGCCGUUUUUAGCGGCCCAGCAAUUGCUUCCGAAUCUGAUAUACCAGAGAUUCAGCUGAAGUCGUCAAAGACGAGCAAAGAGCUCAGUGACAAAGGUGAAAGCAAUAAGCUGGGUCAACCACAGCCCACAAUUACCGACGAUGAGGAAGCAGAGGAUGACGAGGAACCGUAUGAUGAAUAUGACGAGGACGAUUACUACAACGAAAAGCCAGUGAAACUCGAAGAAAGUCCCCCAACUACUAGCCAGAUCAAAAACCAGGAGCCUGGCGCAGCACCAGCACCUGUGGCUGAACCCAUCACCUAUAGGCAAUCAUCUCCCACUCAAAAUCAGCAGGCGGUGGUAGCCAACCCGAACGCUGGCCAGUAUAGAGUAGUGCAGAAUCAAAACGGACGUGUUAAUACAUAUCCCGUCCGCACCACCACCGAAUCUGUGCCCAGUGGCUUCCGCGGCACUGUGAAUGUGGAAAAGAAGUUUCACACAAAAGCACUAGAACUGCACAACACCGAAAAGAAGGUGGACAUCAGUGCCGAGGAAGGCGAUGCUAAGGUAGCUGACGAGGGCGCCCACAAGCCACGUGCACCAGACAGCUAUGUGACAGUCACCAAGUCAGUGACUGGCAGCAUGGACAAUUCAAAGAACCCGCCACAGGAGAACAAAAACUUCCAGUCCACAUACUAUACGAAGUCGUCGACGUGCGGCUACUUUACCUUCUCCUGCAAUAUUGUCUACGGUGCGAAUGGACGCAGUAAAAUCUGUCGUCCCAAGGCGCCGUCUAACGGCAAGUGCUAAGGAUGCCAUCAGCAGUUCAAUGGGGCUCAAAUUGUAAUCAUCUAUAGCUAACCACUAACCUGUUUGUAUUUGACGCACUUAAGCAUUUAAGUUUUUGCUACUAAUUUAAGAGUCUUACUGCCAUUUUAUACUUCGUACAUCAAUUGAAAUUGUAAUUAAUAUUUAAUAAUA